UUCAGGCCCGCACUAUGGCCGCCAAGUUCUUGGUGGUCGAAGUCGACGACAACAACGCAGCCGUGGAACUGGUUCAGCUAAUGUUAGAGCGAGGAUUUGCGCGGCUAAUGUUGCUGGACGAUCUGAGUAAGCAUCCGGCGCUGGCACUUCGCCAGCAAUUGCCCGUCAUCACAGAACCGUCCACGCCUUCCAGUUCCGAGCCGGGAUUUAGUCUCGAGAAGACUUCAUUAAGGGAUAUUCUCUCCACAAAGCCGAAAAUGUUGCUGAGAGGUGGUGGAUCGGAUGACUCGAAAGAAGAAAAUGAUUUAUUCGAAAUUCUUGCAUGCUCAAAUCCGGAAAUCAUCAAUGUUGGAGUGAAGGAGGAGAUGGAUGAAUCGUUUGCUGAUAACGAAGAACACUCUUUCACUUUCAACUUCGAUCCCUCAACAAGUCAAUCUCACCUUGAUCUCCUUGCUCAAGCCCAUUGCCUUGUCAGCAGCCCUCCCCGGGAAACCUCCCCACCGUCUGCCAAACGAUCUCGAGCAACGAACGGCGAUCCGAACAAGGACUAUCACACUUGCCAGAUCUGCGGUACGCGAGUGAAAGCCCCACGUGGUGGACGGUGGAAUCUGCAAAUGCAUGUGAUGGCCAUGCACUCCUCAUUUCGACCGUAUAAAUGUCGUUCCUGUGAUUUUCAAGAUUAUCGGAAACCAGGCAUGCGGAAACAUUGCAUACUUACUCACGGUGAAGAUAUGGAUCCGGUAGACAUUAGCAAUGAUGUGAAACGAGCCGAAUGGGAUAGUGUGAUGCGACGGUGUUUCCCCGAGUUCGGCUAUCGAACAGGAUUUCUCAUCGAAUCGAAGCAAGCGCCUGUACCCGAAGCCUCUUCCUAGACGAAAAUCAUCACUUCUUGAGAUACUCAGCAUGCAUUUUACCCCAAAUCAUGUUCAAGUGCACGUUUUCACUCUAUACAUAUACAUAUUAUUGAUUCUCAGGUGUCGUUGUAAAAUCUG